AUGGCGAUGAUGAUGACUGGCCGUGUGCUGCUGGUGUGUGCCCUCUGCGUGCUGUGGUGCGGUGCCGGCGGCAGAUGUGACGAGGAGAGGACAGCAGCUCGUGGGAGUGGUGAUGAAUCUCUGCCGGAAUCAAGAGGAAUUGGAACGCCCCGAGAAGAAACCCAAGAAUUACAAGUUGGAUCACCAGUUAUUAAAGUAGAAGUGCCACGCGAAUCUUCCCCGCAUAUAGAGGAAGCUGAUGGUGAAGAUAGUGAUGAUGAAAAUGGAGACGAAAAGGUUAAAAAAGACGAAAAGGAAAAAAAUAAGGUACAACCCCAGAAACACGAAAGUAAAAAUAAUGAGGGAGCACCACAAUCAUUACCGCCACCACCAACACCAACACCAUCGGGACACACAACAGCAGAGCGAGAAAAACCACAGAAUUCAAAAAAAGUAACGAACGAAGCCACGCCUUCAGGAUCCAAAAUGGACUCAGAAGCAACACAACCACCUUCAGGGGAUGCUACACAAGAGCAGCACAGUCAUGACGCAGACACAGAGGAUCCGACGAUGAAUGCAGCAACCGGCAGUCCAGCAGAACCGACAGUCUCAUCGACCUCUGCGAGUGGCAGCGGUGAUCAUGUCCACAAUAAGGCAGAUGAGGAUGAUGCUCAAAGCUCUGAAGAACAACACGACAGCCUUGAAACUGGCAAAACCAAAGUUGUUCCAAAACUCAGUGAGGCAGCACCACAAACAGCAACAAUCACCGCUGCUCAAACAAAUGGUACAACGACAAAGGUUGGCGACAGUGACGGCAGCACCGCGGUCUCCCACACCACCUCCCCUCCUUUGCUUCUUCUUGUUGUUGCGUGUGCGGCGGCUGCGGUGGUGGCCGCGUGA